AUGCGGGCAGUUCCAUGGACCGCAUUGUUCUGUCUGUGUGGUCGGCCCAGUGAGCAAGGUCGUUGGAGGCACCCAACAACCCAUCGAAGAAUUUCCUUUCUAGGGACGCUGCAAUCCUACAAACACUUCUGCGGGGCCUCUAUCAUUGAUGAGGAAUGGAUUCUGACCGCAGCGCAUUGUAUGGAGGGAGAAAAAAUCGAAAACCUGUUCAUCGCCGUCGGAACAAAUGGAUCUGACCGCAGCCAUACUUCACAAGCGCGGGAGGUGCGGAAAGUAUCUUUAAGGAAGAAUUUGCUGCUUGAAGAUGGGGCCGAGAUGAAAAGCGCUGGGUGGGGCGCUUAUGAGCCGGACGCCAAACCCGAUCGACACCUUCGACCAAUCCUGCUGCUCGGCUACACGGGAAAACUCGUCACGGGCCCGAAAUGUCCAGAAUCGGAAAACACCUACGAAAUUUGCUUUGACGGGAAAACGGAUAUGCAGGGACAUUGUGUAGGCGACUCCGGCAGCCCAAUCGCCUACUACGACAUUCCACUUCAAAACUAUGUCCAGGUGACGUUGGUCAGCGCGAGCACUGGACCCGAUUGCCGACCCGAAACUACGAUGACAAAGGGCCCGGACCUCACCAACUACUGCGAUUGGUUCCAGAAGUAUGUCGACCUGCAUAUCAGGGCCAAGGGAGCACCGAAGCUCAAACUCAAUCAAGGAUUUGGAAAGGUGCAAGGCUCACUAGCAGUCGACAUUUACAUCCAUCCAAUGGCCGAGACAAGGGAAAUUCUGGCUACUUUAGAUGUGCAAACCGAGUCCAAGAUGGUAAUUCUUCUAAAUGGCACACUACUAAGUGGCUAUGUUACUGGAACAAUGGCUGAAUUUAACCAAACCCAUUCGAUCAUUGGGGAUCUGCUGCCGGAACAAAAAGAAUCCUUCAAAAAGCUCUUCCUCGGAGUCAUUGAGCUCGUCCUGAACGGCCUCUUCCGACAGGGAUUCCCGAUUCCCAUCUUCAAAGAAGCAGCUUUGGCUCUAUCACCCAACUCCACGAUCCAAACGAUGCCCGACUUCCUCCGAGUCGACGCCAACUUCAUGCACCACGAAAAUCAUAGCCAAACCGUUUUGAUGACUGAUGAUAACGAAUUGUUU